AUGGAGAUCACGGUACUGACGGAAAAACCUCUGUUUCACGUGUACGGGAAAUCUAUCCAAAGGCACGGCGUGGAGUCAGAGCGCCGCUUGCCACUGACACCAGCGACGCCCGCUGGUGCCGGAAAAGAAGUUCCACGUGACAACGAGACCGAACCGUCAGUGCGAGCGCCAAGAGAGCAAGUCGUCGACUACCAGGCGACAAUUGUUGACCACGACGCCUAUCGACUUACACAAGAACAAAGCGCUAUCCUGUUGAUGUACGUUUUAUUCCGACUGAUAUUUAAGGUGGUGGCACUGGCCGGCAUCAAGGACUUCGCCAGCCGCGUGGCGAUCGAGUGCGAGAAGCGUAACCUGGCGCUGCAACUCGGCCACGAGGCCGAGACGGUCACCCUCGAAGAACCGACCACACCGACGCCACCCAAAUCGAAGCGCCGCAUGGCCAUGCCCAUUGCCGUUCUACCGCCUCCACCGAAACCGCCGCCGACCCCGGUGGUACCACCGUACAUACCGGGCAUGCCGGAUGUUCCGUUUCCUCCUCCGCCCGGUUUCAUUGUGCAGCCGCCUCCGCACGGCAGAGGGCCGCCUCCUCCGCCAGGGUUGCGGCCGGAGUUCCAGGCACCGCCUGGCCCGGGGUUCCUCUUCCCGCCGCCGUCGGUGCUUCCCCACCCCACGAUGGGCAACGCGGCGCACGGGCAUCGAUGA